CGUUACAGCUGAAACUCGUCAUUUCCACCAAAAAGCGGACAAUGCGGCUCGUCAGAGAAGCGCGAGGACACCAGAGGCUGCUGCUGUCCGCGCGCACAGGUCCGAGGGAUCUUCGGGAAUGAUGACGCCAUUUACGCGGAGAACUAAUUGGUUCUUAGGCGCUUCUGUCACACCUGUUGAUGUGUAACGAGUUACGGUGGCGGUAAGACCCGGAGUUUGGCUGAAGUUACCUGGAUGCCCGGAAGCGGGAAACGUGAUUUUAACGUGAGUUUCUGAGGACACCGAGCCUCACGCUCCCGUUCACGGUAACGGUCCGUGAGCCGGAGCACGCGCAGGCUGUUUGUUCGGCUUGUUUUGGCAGCACAAGCCCUGCGCUGAUAAUUACACAAACGCGCGUGGGCGGCGUGAGCGCGCGUGCGUGGAUGAGCGAGAGAGAGCACGAGCGAGAGAGAAAGAGAGAUAGAGAGAGGGGGCUGGUGGACCGUGAGGACCGCGCGCGCAGAGCUCCUCUCCUCGGCUCGUGUCGACUCCUCUCGCCGCCUCUCUUUGAUCUUUUUCGGCCACUUUGUGCGCAGAAGCCCGGGAGCCUCCACGGAGUGCGCGAGCCCGCAGACAGGUGUGCACGGCGCAGUUAUCGGAGCGGUCUAUCGUCACGGGCUGUGACAUCAGAGCCGCGCGUGGGCGGCGGGCUGCCGUUACCGGAGGAGUUACCGAGGAGUUACCGGAGUGUUGGGGCUCGCGGGGCCGGGAUGGUACUCGUGCAACAAGCGGCAGGCUCGCGCGGCGCGGAUGCCGUGGCUCCUCGCGCGGGAUCCCAGCUGUGCCGGUGAGCGGGUGCUCUCUCUGCGGGGCGCGGGCCGGCCACGAGCCGCCGGAUUUACGGACCUGUCCCGAGAACAGUCCCCUCGCGCCUCCUCGCGCUCCUGCGUUUUCCCGCUGCGUGACCGCACGGACCCCGGCGCCGGCAUGGGGGGGCGCUCCGGCCUGCCCCUCCGCGUGCUGUGGAUACUCCACGCGUUCCUGGACCUUGCGGGCUCCCAGGAGAUUUACGCGCCGCACUCCAUCCGCGUGGAGGGCGACGUGACGCUGGGGGGGCUUUUCCCGGUCCACGCCAGGGGGGUCCCGGGGACGCCGUGCGGGGACAUCAAGAAGGAGAACGGCAUCCACCGGCUGGAGGCCAUGAUGUACGCGCUGGACCAGAUCAACGGCGACGAUGAGCUUCUGCCCAACGUCACGCUGGGCGCGCGGAUCCUGGACACCUGCUCGCGGGACACGUACGCACUGGAGCAGUCGCUGACGUUCGUGCAGGCGCUCAUCCAGAAGGACACAUCGGACGUGAGGUGCACCAACGGGGAGCCUCCGGUGUUCGUGAAGCCCGAGAAGGUGGUGGGGGUCAUCGGGGCCUCGGCCAGCUCCGUGUCCAUCAUGGUGGCCAACAUCCUGCGCCUGUUCCAGAUCCCUCAGAUCAGCUACGCCUCCACGGCGCCAGAGCUGAGCGACGACCGGCGGUACGACUUCUUCUCUCGGGUGGUCCCUCCGGACAGCUUCCAGGCUCAGGCCAUGGUGGACAUCGUCAAGACCAUGGGCUGGAACUACGUCUCCACGGUGGCGUCAGAGGGUAGUUACGGCGAGAAGGGCGUGGAUGCCUUCAUGCAGCUCUCCAGAGAGGCGGGUGGAAUCUGUAUCGCUCAGUCCCUGAAGAUCCCUCACGACCACAAACCCUCCGACUUCGAUAAAAUCAUCCGCCAGCUGCUGGACACUCGGUACGCCAGGGCGGUCAUCCUGUUCGCCUCCGAUGAAGACAUCAGGGGCAUCCUGAACGCCAGUAAGCGAGCGGACCAAGUGGGUCAUUUCCUGUGGAUCGGCUCCGACAGCUGGGGCGCCAAAAACAGUCCCAUCCAGCACCUGGAGGACGCCGCGGUGGGAGCCAUCACCAUCCUGCCGAAGAGGGCCACCAUCAGCGGGUUCGAUGCCUACUUCACUUCGCGGACUCUGGAGAACAACAGGAGGAACGUGUGGUUUGCCGAGUACUGGGAGGAGAACUUCAACUGCAAACUGAUGAGCUCCUCCAAGAAGGACGAGAGCAGCAGGAAGUGCACAGGUGAGCGCUGGCGCUGUUUGUUUACUGCAGUUUUGGAGCUUUGCAGUUUAUCGGCUGCUGCGAGUUACUCAGGAAGUGCCGGUACGUCUGUGACGUUCAACCGUAACGGCGACGCUCCCGGGCGCUACGACCUGUUCCAGUAUCAGUGGAACAACGUGACUGGGCCGGGCUACCGCAUGAUUGGACAGUGGACGGAGACGCUGCAGCUCCAUAAGGAGGACAUGCAGUGGCCUCGAGGAGAACAGGAGGUUCCCACCUCCGUGUGCAGCCUUCCCUGUAAAACUGGCGAGAGGAAGAAGGUGGUGAAAGGCAUGCCCUGCUGCUGGCACUGCGAGCCCUGCGACGGAUACCAGUUCCAGCCCGACGAGUUCACCUGCAAGCUGUGCUCCUACAACAUGAGGCCCAGCGCCAACCGCACGUUCUGCCAGCCCAUCCCCAUCACAAAGCUGGAGUGGCACUCGCCCUGGGCGGUGAUUCCGGUUUUCCUGGCAAUGCUGGGCAUCAUCGCGACAAUCUUCGUCAUGGCUACGUUCAUACGGUACAACGACACGCCGAUCGUCCGGGCAUCUGGCAGGGAGCUGAGUUACGUCCUCCUGACUGGGAUAUUUCUGUGCUACAUCAUCACGUUCCUCAUGAUCGCCAAGCCAGAUGUCGGCGUGUGCUCGUUCAGAAGGAUUUUCCUCGGUCUGGGGAUGUGCAUCAGCUACGCCGCCCUCCUCACCAAAACCAACCGCAUCUACCGAAUCUUCGAGCAGGGCAAGAAGUCUGUGACGCCGCCGAGGCUGAUCAGUCCCACCUCGCAGCUCGCUAUCACCUCCAGCCUAAUCUCGGUCCAGCUCUUAGGGGUGUUAAUCUGGUUCGGGGUGGACCCGCCCAACACCAUCAUAGACUUCGACGAGCAGAAGACCCUCAACCCCGAUCUGGCUCGAGGGGUGUUGAAAUGCGACAUCACGGAUCUCCAGAUUAUCUGCUCGUUGGGUUACAGCAUCUUACUGAUGGUGACGUGUACUGUUUACGCCAUAAAGACCCGCGGGGUCCCGGAGAAUUUUAACGAGGCCAAGCCCAUCGGCUUCACCAUGUACACCACCUGCAUCGUGUGGCUGGCCUUCAUCCCCAUCUUCUUUGGCACGGCGCAGUCGGCAGAAAAGCUGUACAUCCAGACCACCACGCUGACCAUCUCCAUGAACCUCAGCGCGUCCGUGGCCCUCGGCAUGCUCUACAUGCCCAAAGUCUACGUCAUCAUCUUCCACCCGGAGCUCAACGUGCAGAAGAGGAAACGAUCCUUCAAGGCCGUCGUCACGGCCGCCACCAUGUCGUCCCGGCUGUCGCACAAGGCCAGUGACCGGCCCAACGGAGAGGCCAAGACGGAGCUGUGCGAGAACGUCGACCCCAGCAGUCCAGCAGCUAAGAAGAAGUACGUGAGCUACAACAACCUCGUGAUCUAACGGCGCUCCUCCGUCACUGCAGAGCGAGAUGUCUGAUCUCCUGCAAGAAGGACGAGCAACGGGAGAAAAGCGGCGACGUGCAGGACUUUUUCUUUCUCUUCUUUUGGUCUCAUGUGCUUCACCGCCCAUCGGAGACGUUCAGGUGCAAAGCGGAGCGUGGUGGGACGACCUCUGAACUCUGACCCCUCCGGGUCGAGAAAAGCUCCAGAAAUAAAAAUCUAAUUGUUUUGU